UGUUCUGUACGACACGGAAGUGGCGAAAAGAAAAGCCGCCGCCAAAACUAAUUUAACAUUUUAAAAAGAAAAAAGGAAGAUUGUAAAAAACCACCCUUUAAAGUUUCCUUUGGUAACGGUUCCGAUCUGCAUUCUCCUCAAUGUGAGAUAACCAUCAAACUCUCUUUCCAGAACUUGUUCCAUGUUGAACUGACAACCUGAUCUUCAUGAAUUUGAGAAGUAUUGCCACACCCACUGUUUCCUGUAAAGCGGGAAGCAACAACAAUUUCCUUUUCUGGAUUUUGGUUUGCUUCUUGCUACCAAGUUUUCUGGGAGCUCCUGAAGUAUAUGCUCAUUUCCAAUUGAUAAAGCUCAUUUGGGGUGUGAUCUUUUGGCAAGGCACACCCAUUUGUGGUGUCAUUUUCUGAAGUUUCCUUGUUUUUAUCAAAGAACCAUGGUUUCCGCCCAGUUCUCUAUCUUGAAUGAAAAUGGUUCACAGAAGCAUUUCCUGAAUCAGUUGCUUCUACCAAAUGGGCCGCCUGAUCGUUUGCCUUCUUCCAAUUGUGUGGAUUUUGAAUUUUCUGAUGUGUUUGGACCAUCUCCUGUUGAAGCCUCAAAUUCAAUAUCAGUAAGCUCUGAGAAACAUGGGAAUUCAGUAGCUACACGAGGUUCAAGUGAAAAUAUUUACAAGGAUCCUGAUUGCAUUCACAUCCGCUCUCAAUCUUUAUUGGCUCCCACAACCUGUAUUGGUCAGUCCUUGCAACUUAGCAAGCUCACCUUUCAUGAGACAGAUGAUGCAUUGGAUCUUGUGGAGGAGGUCUUUAUAGAAACACAUGAAGAACUUAAGGAAUAUUCUGUUAAUAAUUACUGUCUGAAUAAUCAGACUAUUGGUGUUCAGGAUUUUGAAGUGUUGAAGGUUGUUGGCCAAGGUGCUUUUGGUAAGGUGUAUCAGGUGAGGAGGACUGGUACUUCUGAAAUAUAUGCUAUGAAGGUCAUGCGAAAGGAUAAGAUCAUGCAGAGAAACCAUGCUGAAUAUGUCAAAUCUGAAAGGGAUAUAUUGACAAAGCUGGACAACCCAUUUGUUGUGCGGAUCAGAUAUGCAUUCCAAACCAAAUACAGGUUGUACCUUGUGCUUGAUUUUGUCAAUGGUGGCCACCUUUUCUUUCAUCUCUAUCACCAAGGCCUAUUUAGGGAAGAUUUGGCUCGCUUCUAUGCUGCAGAGAUUAUUUGUGCUGUUUCUUAUCUUCAUGCAAAUGAUAUAAUGCACAGGGAUCUUAAGCCUGAAAAUAUUCUUCUUGAUGCAGAUGGUCAUGCAGUGUUAACAGAUUUUGGCCUGGCUAAGAAGUUCAAUGAGAAUGAAAGGUCAAAUUCUAUGUGUGGAACUGUAGAGUACAUGGCCCCUGAAAUUGUUAUGGGAAAAGGCCAUGAUAAGGCAGCUGAUUGGUGGAGUGUGGGGAUUUUACUAUAUGAAAUGCUUACAGGAAAGCCUCCUUUCUCUGGUGGAAAUAGACACAAGAUCCAGCAGAAGAUAAUUAAAGACAAAAUCAAGCUCCCAGCUUUUUUGUCAAAUGAGGCACAUUCACUGUUAAAAGGGUUGUUGCAGAAAGAUGUCAGUAAACGCCUUGGCAGUGGAUCGAGAGGCAGUGAGGAGAUUAAAAGCCACAAGUGGUUUAAAUUAGUCAAUUGGAAGAAACUGGAAUGCCGUGAAACUAGGCCAAGCUUUGUCCCAGAUGUUGCUGGGAAGCACUGUGUUGCUAACUUCGAGGAGCGGUGGACUAGUAUGCCCUUGCUGAAUUCUCCAGCUGCCAGUCCCAAAAAGGAUGACAAUACAUUCAACAAGUUCUCAUAUUCUGGUACUCCGGUUGCGUCAUGAUAGAAAGGCAUGAUUUCUACAGUAAAGGUCCAAUUUGAGCAGCCAAUUCAUGUAAUUUAUGAUGGCUUAGAAAAUUAUAUCCCUGUGAUAUUGCUCGUUGUAUAAACCUAUGCUCUCUAGUAAUCAUACAAGCAAUACUAAUGUUCUGUGUGAAGAAAUAUUUCAAGGUUUCAACUUUCUUUUAUCCAACCUGUCCACCCUUGGGUGGGUAUUCUUUUGUUAGUUGUUACGAGAUGACCAUGAUAUCAGUGACACGCUUUUGUAUCAAAUUCAA